AUGGCGACGACCAACGGCACGACAACGUCGACCUUUGCCUCGCCCGACUCGACCGGCAAGCUCUCUCGACACGACGCGGCCGCCUACCUCGACCGCAUCUCGCUCUCCCACUCUCUCCUCGACCAGCCUCCCUCGCUCGACCUCCUCCGCACCCUCCAGUCGUCCCACAUCCUCGCCGUUCCCUUCGAGUCGCUCUCGCUCCACGUCAAGGACUGGCAAGACGACGAGGCCGACAUCUACCUGGGCGGCGGCGAGGUCGUCGGGCUCGGCGAGGCCGCCUUCAACCGCAUCGUCCACCUUCGCCGAGGCGGCUUCUGCUUCAGCAUCAACUCGAGCUUCGCCGCCCUCCUGCGCUUCUGGAACUUCCGCGUCAGCGAGUGUGCCGCUCGCGUCUACUCGCACCAGCGCAAGGACCCGCAGGAGGCCGGCUGGAGCUGGGAGCCGACCUCGCACCAGAUCAGCAUCGUCGACUGGGAGGGCUCGAGCGCACGCUGGUUCGUCGACGUCGGGUUCGGCAGCGCGCAGUGCUCGUACCCGAUCGAGUUCAAGGACGGCGCGAGCCAGACGUCGAUUCCUGCCGCCGACUACUACGAGCUCCACCGCACCGACCGCCUGCCCGGCGCCUCGCCGUCCCUCCAGCCCGACCUUCCUCCUUACUGGACCGUCUACCGCCGCAACACCGCCUCGUCCGGCUCGACCUACCUCUCGCCCGUCUACUCGUUCGCGCUCGCGUCGGUGCCUUUCGUCGACUUCCGGGUGCUCAACACGUUCCAGUUCGCGUCCGAGCACGCCCGGUUCCGCACGUUCCUCGUCGCCACCAUCUUGCGGCCCGACGGCGAGCGUCGCACGCUUCAGUACCUCGACGGCAUGGAGGACCCGCAGCACGAGGGGCGACGGGCGGCAAAGCUGUACACGACGACGGCCGUCGUCGAGGGCAAGCGCGAGGACGAGAAGGAGGUCGAAUGGGUCGAGAUGCGUGUCGGCGCGGUGCGCGAGGCGCUCGAGCGCGAGUUUGGCAUGCGGUUCCCGAGCAGCUACAGCGGGAACUAG